UUAGUCAAUGAAAAUCCUUCCAUAGGAUAGUCGGGAAAACGGAGCUUUUCCCAGUGACGUCACUGGCAUCGGCCAAUGGCAUGCCGCGUACCUUAUUGAUCAGUGAUGGAAAUGGCAGAGAUCUGAAACCAUAUGGAUUGAAAAAAGUGCGAACCAAUAUGAAGUUUUCAUUUAUAAUAAGCCUUGUCAUUGUUUUUCUUUGGCAUGGCAUCCAUUUGGGAGAGUCGAGAAUCCUCAACGAGCGCAAUUACCUGGAAUUUCUAAAUGAUCUCGAUAGAAGAAAUGUGGAAUUUGACGAUAUUCAUCAACAAUGGCCAUUUUCAAACGUUCCCAGAAAUGCAGACAACACCAAUGUUGAAGAACCAGAACUAGAGGAAGAUGAUAGUAAAUCUCUCACACCGAUGGACAAUUUAGCUAAAAUUGCCGAAUUAAAAGCAGAAAUGGAGAAUAGUUUUCAUGUUUUCAGGAGGAAUCAAAAAUACCAAACGCUCUUAGGAUCCCUUAUUGCAAAUCGUCCAGAUCAUGCUGAUAACUACGAGCGAAUCGCUCCAGGCCUAUCACAAUAUACCAGAGAGGAAGAAAAAGAACAGCUCCAUGAUUAUGAUAAUGUUUACACGGACUUAAAUGAUGAAGACCAAGAUGAAGAGCGACAAGAAUCCGCUUAUAUGCCAGUAUUGCCUGGGCACAUUCAAGCUCUAGAACAUGCUCAAGUGCCUCCGGCUUACGUGGACGAUGUGCCCUCAUUUAUAAGAGUGAACGAUAUGCCUGCAAUAACUGGCUUCGAUAACAGAGACUAUGAAGCACUUAAUGAACCCCGUUCGAGAGAAGAAGCACCAAACAAAAUGGGUUUGUUCGAAAAUGAAUAUACAGAACCAGAAGAUUUAAACAACAGAGACAAAGAACUGAUAGAGAGCAGAAUAAUAUCAUAUAAGCCUAGUUUUCCACGGAUAGUUACAGAAGUGCCACCUUUCACAGAACACAAAUCGGACACUAGUGAAGAGGAACAAAUUAUGGAAGAAAAUCCAGCUCCAAAACCAUCAUUUCCACCGGCAUAUUUUCCUCGCCUGGUCGCUCCCGAUCUUCCAGUCAAUUAUAAGAUAGAUGGCUUUGAAUUCGGGUUACAUCACAAGCCUCAGAACGACAGAUUCAAGUUUAGAGAUAAUCCCGAUGUCUUGAAACACGUAUCUUUAGAUACGCCCAGCGAGUUGGGUUUUGGACCGAUCGAUCCUAGAUUUUAUCAAGAGUUUCCAACAGAUCAAAAAGAUAUUGCUCCAAAGCACAACACAGUUCAUCCGUACCUCCGAAAAAUUCCUUCUUCUUCCAACAUUGAUUCCAGAGACAAUUCGCACCUGGAGACUGAAGCUCCUCCUGAUGACGAACCGGAUCGAGAGUUUUUCAACAGCAAAGAUGUAGAAGUGGUACCAUUCAUGCCCGAUACAGAGCCAGAUUCAACAGGAGUUUACAUAAUAGCAAUCGUAGCUGGAAUCAGUGCAGCAGCAACAGUGGGACUUAUAGCAGUGGGCAUUGGUUGGUACAACUUGCAAAAGCACAUAAAAAAUGCUGAAGACACCGACUAUCCAUCUUAUGGAAUCGUGGGUCCAAAUAAGGAGUUCGAGAAAAAGGAAAGGGAUGAAGCAGGCGAUCGAAGACUAGCUCAAUCGGCUCAAAUGUACCACUAUCAGCACCAGAAGCAGCAAAUUAUUGCUAUGGGGCGAAACCCUCAUGGACAUGGAUCUCAAUCCGACACCGAGGAAGACGAAGACGAUGAAGGAAAUUAUACAGUGUACGAAUGUCCAGGACUGGCUUCGAUUGAAGGUCCGCUCGAGGUAAAGAACCCCAUGUUUGAUGAUGACGAGCUUAUGACCCCAUCGCAAACCCCUUCAAUGAUGCCCGAUGAUACUGACCCCAAAUAGACCAUUUAAAUAAAACCCCUAUCGUCCUUAACUGCUCCUUUACCUCACUGCACAAAUUAUAGAUUACUGUGCCAAAAAAGUAAGGAAUAAACUAUAAUGCAAGACAGAAGAUUUUUCAUUUAAUAUCCCUAGCACCCAAUUCGUCAACUAAGUAAAUUAUUCAUAGAAUUUUCUUUAUGGCGGAAUGUCCUUACUUUAUUGGCAGGUAUUAAGAAAGCCGUGUAUUGGCAGAUAAAUAAAUCACGUAUUCAGACAGGCAAGGAAUGGAUAUUUAAAAAAUUCAAUUUAAAAUAGUGAAAGAACAAUUAUACAGACUCUACAAAUGUACAUCAUUCAGUAACUUUAAUUAAAUCUGACUGCAAUUUAAAAAAUAUAUUAACAAGCACUUACUUUUAGUGGCGAUCUAACUGUAUAUACCAUUAUAUCAUAACUACUUACAUAGUUCUAUUACUAUUAUGAGACUCCAAAGAGCUAUCUAACAUACUCUCUAGGUACAUAUUCCCAAAUAAACUUAUAAAAUAGCUGCAGAUAGUAGAUUUAUAAACAAACUUAUGAAUGUUACAUAAAUGUUCGUUCCUUUAUUACGAAAAUAAAGUUUAUUUAUCAUGUUUUAGCCCUUAGAAAGUAUAUGAAAUUCCAAUAUUUUUGCGCUGAAUGCUAGGCACACAAGUGAUAGGAGUGGGUACAAAAAUCAGCCAAUUAAUGUUUCAUUAUUUUACAUAGUAUAAGGCGAUAGGAAUAUGUGCUAUUUAUUUUUUUUAAUAUUUGCAUAUUUCAGGAGACCCAUUGGUUGAGCAAUUUGGCGAAACAAUCAUUUAUAUAGGUACUUAUUUAUAUAAUACGUUAUUUGUUAUAAUUGUUUAUUUAGAAGUAAUUAUAUUUUUUGAAUGGAUGCAAUGCUACUAAAUAGGUUCAUCAUUACUGAAUAUAAUUUUCGAGCUGGGAGGCUUUAAGAUCCUUAAUACUUGCUACAUCGCAUUUAAUGAAGUCAAUUGUAAAUGCAGGCGAAACGUUGGAUCCAGAAGCAAUAUCACUAGAUUACGACCACAUAGGCUCGAAAACUCUUAGGUAAUGUUAACCAUUAACGUUUAUGGUUGAUAUCAAAAAUUUUGUUAGCCCGCGUUAAGCAAGAGUGAUAAAGUGAAAUGUGCUUUUAAAUGCUGACUUUUCAUCCAACUUGAAUUUUUAUAAAAUUUAUUUCGUCUGUAAGUAGUACCUAUCUAUUCAAAGUGAAUUUAAAUAGACACAAACAAACAACAACUUUAGAAGCAGACAUCAUCAAUAUUAUUGUGAAGUAGCGUAGUCAGUAGGUGAUUUAGAUAUAGACAAAUAAUAUCGCAGUCAAAAAAUAGUUUGAAACAUAUCGGAAAACAACUAUGACUGACACCCAAUCAAUGUUCCAAUAGUUCUCAGAAAGAAAUGUACGACCAAAGUCAUAUUUUACACCGUAGAUUAAUACCUUAAGUUUCCUAUGAUUUCAAUAAUAUGUAAUUUAUUUUAUGGUUUCCAACAUUAAAUGGUUUAAUCUA